UCUGGUUGGUCCGCGUGGGUCAGGAGUGAGCUUCCAGUGCGCAGUUGCAUCCCGUCAUCCCCCGAAUUCUCAAAGCGCCCUCUGUUGGACUUCGGCUCGGUCCGCCGUGCUCAGAACUUAAAGGGCUCGGAUGGCUCGCUUGCACCGGCCGCGCGUCCCUCUCCCGUCCGGACUCUGGCUCCGGAGGUGCCUUCUUCGCAAAAGAGCUUUAACAGCCGCGCUCGCAUGCGCCCUGUAUUUCUUUUUCCCCCAAGUCAACCUCUCUCUUCGGAGCCAAAUCACGCCGAGCGGGGUGUUGAAUGGGAGUUUUUUGAACGCGGGCUCGGCGGUUCCGACCCACUCAAACGUGGUCUACGUCACCCUCAAGUCCAAGCGCGUCAAGCCGGCUCACAUUCGCGGCACGGUGCGACCCAAACUGCGGAGGAAAGUGAGAAGAACCACGCUUCCGCAUUCGGGUCCACCGGACGGAGCAGAAGCGGAGCCUCCCGCGAGUUCUAUCCGGAUAUACAGCCGCUCUCCUCCGCCGUGGCUGAGCGCGCACGACGUGGGCACCGUGCGCGCUCUCGCCGGUGCCAAAGUUUUACGCGUCCGACAACCGCGAGGAGCUCCGUGGCCGCUCCUGGUCUUCGAGGGAACCCGGCCGGAGGAGGCGGACGCGGCGUGCGGACUCGCCCGCGGCCCGGCGGACUCGGUGGAGGUGUUCGCCUUCCAUUUGGACCGAGUGCUCGGACUCAACAGGACGUUGCCGGCAGUGAGCAGGAAGUUGACCUUCCUACACAAUGGCCAGCCCAGUCCAGUGGUGGCAUGGGAUGAGUCUCUCUACCCGGGUGGCGUGAGCCUAACGUGGGCCGAGUACCAGAGAUCUCUUCAACAGAGGUGCUGGAUUCGCAACGUUGCCCCGAAGCUGGAGUCAGGCUGCUCCGCCAUCCAUCACUACGAAUGGAGCAAAUUGGCACUUUUUGAUUUCCUCUUACAGAUUCACAACCGUCUAGAUCCCAGCUGCUGCGGGUUCAGGCCCCGGGAGCAGGACGAGUGCCACAAGGCUGGCCGCCAUUUUGAACGCUCGCAAGGGGACGACGUCCGACUGGCGAACAUGGUGCGCAGGCGUCAUGACCCGCGCCACCUGGUACUCACCGUCAACAAGGGCUACUUCGACCGGAACGAGGACAACCUGGACUUCAGGCUGCUGGAGGGGAUCAAGGAGCUGCCCGAGAGUGCCGUGUCUGUGCUGAGGAGCGGCCAGCUGCGUGAGAAGCUGCUGCAGUCGCUCUUCGUGGACCAGACGUACUGGGAGAGUCGGGGCGGGCGGCCAGGCAUCGACAAGAUAAUCGAUGUCAUCGAGCAGCGGGCCCAGAUUCUCCUCACGUACGCCAGCGCUCACGGUGUCUCGGCGGUGCCCAUGAGCGACUGACGGCGUGAGAACGACGGUAAAUUUGUCCCGGUGGACAAAAUGGCACCUUGUGUCAUCAAUAGAACACAAAUGCGGGCUGCGUUCAGAAUUGUUUAUGCACUUCCCUUCUCCCAAAUCACGAUUUUUACGUAAGUUAAAGAUUCAACAACGGAGUGGGACAUCUGUAUAUAGUUAAUAUUAAAUCAUAUCGGUGUCCACAGUGACAAACUGAUAAAAAGAAAAAAAAAUAAUAAUGCCUGAAGCUGAAAAAGUUGCUACCAGGAAGCUUGGAAAUUUGCCUUUUUAAACUUUUCAGGAAUGUUGUAAAAUAUUUGAGGAUGUGCCUUUGGUGGGUGAGCAGAUAUUUGAAGUUUGGCAUGACUCUGUUUCCACCUCGACAUGAAGAUGCAUGCUCUUUUCUCCGCGUGGCCCGGUUCUCUUUAUCCCGCCGUCGCUGCGAUUUUAUUUGUCAAACCCGACUUGGCAUGCUUCGACAAGCUCAGUGAAAUAUUUGGUAACCAUAUUGCCGCUGAAUCGCUUCCGUUUGAAGGUGAGCAAAGGAAGCUAAACUAACAGUGGGUUUCACAAUCCAAAUCCACGGAUCAGGUCAUAAAACGUGCACCGGCUGAGCCUCGGGGGCCUGAAGCUAACCAAUAAUAAAUAAAAUAUUUCUUACCAUU